UAUGCAAUAGAACGACUCCGCGGGUUUUCAAAUCCUGAAUAUGUUUACGCUUUUCCCUUCUGUCUUACUGUGUGUUACUUUCCUACCAUUACAUCGAACAAUAACGUUUUCCGCGCUGCCAUCAAAUGUAACCCUGUCCGGAUCUUAUCUCAAAUUAUCUUGUUCCUCUAAAAAUCAAAUAUUUCCUAUUAUAUGGAGUCAUAACGGCAAGGAUAUAGCAGAAAACUGUCGAUUUUAUAUGGAAAAUCAUCGUUACAUAUGCAACAGACUUAACGAUGUAUAUGAAAUUUACAUACCGAACGUUAAAUUCGAGGACAGGGGUAACUGGUCUUGUGCCCACGGGCCAAAAUCUCAAAAAGCUAUUAAUAUUGAUGUCUUGGUAAAAGCAGAUGUUUAUCCACCGAAACUGUUGACACUUCCAACUAAUGUUAAGCCUAUAAAUCAAAAUCCUACAAUCAUUAAUAAAGUUGAUUCAACCCGAUUACAAGAAAAAUCUAUGAUUGGACAUAUUUAUGGUCUAGGUACUUUAAAUAAUCCAAUUGAUUUAAUCAAUAAGAAAGCAUACACAGAAAAUGGAAUUUUUAUUGAGUGUACAACAUCUUGUGCAACAUCAGUUAAAGGUAUUUAUUGGAAGGCGAAAAAUUCAACAUGGACUCAUAGUUUACAUGUGCAAUCAGGCAUUAAUAAUGAUGAUGAUGACGAUUAUGUCGAUGACAGUUUAUACAAUCGAAUUCACAGAUUAUCCUAUAAAUCAGAAUAUACUAAUCCUAUUUGUGAGGUUGGUUUAAAAUCAGUUAAAAGUCGCAUACAAAUUAAAUGUGCAUCUGGACAAAGUCAAACACCAUCAAAACUUUUAUCGCAUACAUUAGUUGGAUUAAAUAAAAUCACUUGUUUUCCAUAUUAUGAUAAAGAAAUGGAAAAUAAAUUGUCUAAAUUAACACGUUACAAUGAAGAACAUAAAGGAGUUAGUUCACAAUUUAUAGUGCAUAACAAAAAUAAUCCACCUGAUAUAACUCAGUCUGAUUGUUUCAUUGAUGAUGGUAAUGGUCAUUCACAAGCAGCUGCUUGUAUUUAUGUUUUGUGUCCUGGUCAACCAGUGGCUUGGUUUACAUUUGGGGAAAAAGUCGCCCUUGGUUCAUCUGCCGCUUUAUUUUUUGUCUUAAGCAUAUUAUUUUGUUACAUAACACGUCAACGUCGACGGGCUAAACGAAAAGCAGAUAUGUCACCUGGACAACAACAUGAAAUUGAACUGAUGUUGUGAAAUAUUCCUCAAUCUUCCAUUUUCUACUUGCAUUGAAACCGGAGUACCAUAAAUCCUAUCUAUUUUCACUGAAUGGAGUUUGAUAUUGAUUAAGAUCAUAACGAAUAUCCCUUUAUAAAUGUGUACUUCAGUGUGAAUUUAUCUUAAUACAUUGUAUCAAUUGCUCUUUUUAAAUUAUUUCAUCUACUUUCAUCUUAUAUUUUUUACAGAAACAAAUCAUACUGUACAGUUAAUAAUUAUUUUGUAUAAUCUGUAUCAUAUUUCUUUUUUAUGUAACCUUUUGUUUUUAUUCUGUGUUUUAGUAUUGUUUAAAUGUGUAUGUAUAUUACGGAGAUAUAUAUUACACAUCUAUCAACGGUG